AGCCAAUCCAGCCGCACGCAACGCUCCCGCAUAUGGUACCCGGGGGCCCGCACAGACCUGCACCCCGUCCUCCGCCUGGGCCAUCGCCCCAUGGUCUGCCGAACGCUUCCCGCCCUGCUCCUCCCCCUCCGGGCAGUGCGGCUGCCGCAGCGCUGCACAAGGUGCCUGGUACCUCGAACACCCCUGGUCCCACUGCUCGUCCUAGGCAGCCGAAGAAGCCCACCAGGACAGCAGACGAUAAGGAGGUCGAAGCGCGUCUGCGUGCGAUCUGUACCGACGCAGACCCGACAAAGCUCUACCGCAACCUUGUCAAGAUCGGCCAGGGCGCGAGUGGGGGGGUAUACACCGCCUACCAAGUGGGGACAAACUUGCUCGUGGCAAUUAAGCAGAUGAACCUGGAGAAGCAACCUAAGAAGGACCUGAUCAUUAACGAGAUCCUCGUUAUGCGCUCCAGUAGGCAUCCGAAUAUCGUCAACUUCAUCGACUCGUUCUUGCAUAAGGGCGAUUUGUGGGUAGUGAUGGAGUAUAUGGAGGGUGGCAGCUUGACAGACGUCGUCACGGCCAAUAUCAUGACAGAGGGGCAGAUCGCCGCUGUCAGUCGAGAGGUGUGCGAGGGCCUGAGGCAUCUCCAUUCCCACGGCGUCAUUCACAGGGAUAUCAAGAGCGACAAUGUUCUUCUGAGUCUGAUGGGCGAUAUCAAACUGACCGACUUCGGCUUCUGUGCGCAGAUCUCUGAUGGACACGCGAAGCGCACCACUAUGGUCGGCACACCGUACUGGAUGGCUCCAGAAGUCGUGACCCGGAAGGAAUAUGGGCCCAAAGUUGACAUCUGGUCCUUGGGAAUCAUGGCCAUCGAAAUGGUCGACGGCGAGCCGCCGUAUCUGAAUCAGAACCCGCUCAAGGCGCUGUACCUGAUCGCGACAAACGGCACGCCCACGCUCCAGCAUCCAGAAGCAAUGUCCAACACGUUCAAAGACUUCAUGGCGCGGUGUCUGGACGUGGACGUCGAUCGCCGACCAGAUGCGCCGACCCUCCUGCAGCAUGGGUUCUUCAAACGCGCCGAACCAUUGAGAACCCUCGCGCCUCUCAUCAAGGCCGCGAGGGAGGCAGCGAAGAAGAACUAGGUGGACGGUUGAUACCU